AGGCGAUGGCGGGCUCAUUCGCCGCAUCGCUGGGCGCUAUGGCCGAGCUGGAUUCUUCCCUGUCGUUGUUAGAGGCGGAUGACGGGCGCGGGCCGGCGGAGGAGCAGCGGCAAGGGCGGCCGGAGGCGGAGAACGCGGAGCUGCUGCCCAUGGUGUUCCUGUGCUCCGGCUGCAAGCGGCCGGUGGGCGACACGCUGAGCUGGGUGACAAACGAUGAGGAGACGGGCUGCAUCCUACUGCGCAGUGCGGCCGCCGGCGUCUUGGUGGACCACGAACAGAAACUGUCUAAGCAGCCCAGCGAGUGCGGAUGCAUGGUUGAAACAUUAUUCUGCUCUGGCUGCUCAAUGACACUCGGCAAUAUCUACAGGUGUACCCCUAAACAUCUUGACUACAAGAGAGAUUUGUUCUGUUUCAGUGUUGACUCAAUUGAAAGUUACAUUCUAGGAUCUUCAGAAAAGCAAGCUCUUACUGAUGAGGAACCUUUAACUCUUGAAAGUCGAGUUGUCUUGGAAGAGGUGCUACACAGGGCAGAUAUUGUAUUAAAGGCUCUGGAGACUAGACUGGCUACUGUUGAAUCGGCUGUGGCUUCUCUUCAAAAAACCUGAAAGAAAUGACAUGCCGGAACUUUAACUGCAGGAGAAUGAUGAAUGUGGAACUUGUUCAUGUAAUCCUCUGGAAUUUGUGGGAACACUGCAAAAGCUAUGCGAAGAACUGAGAGACAUUGAUGGCUCGUGCUGCAGUAGAACAAUACUGACUAUGAGUCUUCACGAUAGACAAUGACUUCCUCUUUCUGUUUAAGGGAUACUCCAGGAAGAAAUUGUUUGGGUGUUUUUUUUUCUUUUAAAUCAAGUUUCUUUAGACUUUUGGUUUAUGUGUAAAUAUCUAUUAAAAUCUUUAUCGCUGAAAGCAAAACGUUUUCUCCUGACUUCAUAGAGUCAUAGAAUGGUAGGAGUUGGAAGGGACCUUUAGAGAUCAUCUCGUCCAACCCUCCUGCAGAAUCAGGUUCACCUAGAUCAGGUCGCAUAGGAUCAUGUCCAGGCGGGUCUUGAAGACCUUGACUU